GCGUUUUUUUUUAUUCACUGUCCGAAAUCUUUUAACCAUGUCUUCCUUGAGUGCUAAAAUUGGUCCUUCGAUUCUCUAUGCGGAUCUCUCUCAGCUCCAUGAGGAAUCUCAACGGCUGUUGGACAACGGUGCUGACUUUUUGCAUUUGGACGUAAUGGAUGGCACCUUUGUGCCGAAUCUCACCUUCGGCCAUCCGGUGGUCAAAUGUUUGCGAAACAAAAUCAAGGAUGCAUUUUUUGAAACUCACAUGAUGGUACAGGCCCCACAACACUGGAUAGCACCGAUGGCAGACGCCGGAGUCGACCAGUAUACGUUUCACAUCGAACCGGUUAUGGACAGGGUUCCGUUUAUCUGCCGAAAAAUCCAGGAAGCCGGAAUGAAGGUGGGGCUGGCUUUAAAACCAGGAACUCCAGUCGAAACGGUAAAGGAAUUCAUCAGCAUGGCCGAUAUGAUUCUCGUCAUGACGGUCGAGCCGGGUUUCGGGAGGCAGAAGUUUAUGACUGACAUGAUGCCCAAGGUGCAGUGGCUUCGUAAGAAUUAUCCCAACUUGGACAUCGAAGUAGACGGCGAUGUUGGUCCAGGCACUAUCAAAACCUGUGCGAAUGCAGGCGCAAAUAUGAUCGUUGCUGGAACGGCCAUUAUCCAGGCAGAUGAUCAAGCGACUGCCAUUCGACAGUUUAAACAUCCCGUUGAAUCUGUCAUUAAAUCAGAUCGUUUUUUGAGCAGAAUGAUGAAUUUUCAUUAAAAAUAAUAGGUACUAGGUACCAAUAUAAAUCUGUGACAUUAUCAGAAAAUUCCAAUCGAAGAUUUGGUAACAUUACAA